UGGAUCCUGCCAUUACCCUGGCACAGGCCCUCAUCACUUCACACCUUGAUGACUACAACAGCCUGCUGCCAUUCAUCAGAGUGAUAUCAAGAACAGACUUUACCUAAAAUAGCAGAAAAACUCUACAGUCUAUCAGUUACCUUCUGUCAACAGCCCAAUUUGAAACUCACUGUCUUCUAAGAGGCCAGAACAAGUUGCUAAUAUUUUUAAGGAGCAUGAUGGAUUACAGAAAGCAUCCUAACAAAAGCUCUGAAAUGUGAGGAUUAUUCCAGUUGUGUCUGGGAGAAUUGGGUGAGAGAAGAAGAGAAGCAUUAUCCUCUACUUGGCCACUUCUAGCUGUGAGCACAUCUACGAAAGCCUGUGCCUGAGACGGGGCACCUCUCUUUCCCAUUUCCUUUCCCAACUAGCUGACUAGAGCAGCAACCUUGAGAUAAAACAGUCUAUGACGUUUGUGAGUCUCAGAAGAUCAUGUGAUUCUGGGAAGCCAGAGGAAUAGUGACUGUAGUUGAUUGUGGGUAUAGUAGCAGCAAGAGGAGCUUACUGGCAACAAAGAAAUGAAGAAAGAAAAGAAGAUCACGCUUGGAUUAGACUUAGCAUCUAAUCAGACUGUGCUUAAUAGAGGAAAUAACGACCUCCUGGGAUGAAUCUUGGCAGCUAACCAAAGAAGAAAAGAAAUUGAGGGCUAAUGGUAUUUCUGCUUGGAGGUUGCUCCAGACUGACUUUUAAAAGCUUGUCUGCUGGAUACUUUCACUGGGAUAUUCCACCAAAGAGUAAGACUCAACAAGUCUGAAAUCAAGGGUGUGCUGGUUUGUAUUCCAUGAUCUGCCACCAUGUGAGAGUUAUAUUUGAGAGUGGCUUUGGAGCAUCAAAAGAAAAAUGUGCUCAUCAGUUGGGGAAUGUGCAGAGGUGUCAAACACGUGGCCUCCAGGGCGUAUGCAGCCCAUAAUACUCCUGAGAACGACCUGAACCAGUUUAGAAUUUUAUUUACUCUGAUGGAAAUAACCAAUUCACUCCUAUGACCAUAAUGGAACUACUGAUGUAGGCUGCUUGAGAGACUAUGGAGAAGAAGUGGGCAUAUGGAGUUAUCUAUUCAUUCAUCCACAUCCAUCUUGUCUGGGGCCUCUUAGGAGGAACAUUUGAGGAAAGAAAAGUCAUCUAUGCUUCUCCUGGAACAGAUGUGAACUUGACAUGUCAGACUCAGAAGAGAGGCUCCUUGGUGCAGACACAAUGGUCCAAGAUCACCAAUAGCACAGAAAUGAUAGCCCUCUACCACCCUCAGUAUGGCUAUUACUGUGCUGCUAGGACUGCCUGUGAGUCCUUAGUAUCAUUCACCGAAUUGUCACCGAAUGUUUCAGAAUGGGCUUUGCACUUGAGAAACGUGUCUGCUGCAAUGAGUGGGAAAUACCAGUGUAGCUUUACUUUGUAUCCAGAGGGCACUUGGACAAUGGUCAGGAACUUCUUUGUACAGAGUGAAGUUGCACAAGAUGAGAGGGGAGGGAACUAUACAGUGGAAGUAUUAUUUAACCACACGCUGGAAAUCCCAUGUUUUCAAAAUAUAUCCUCAGUCGUUUCAUCUGAGAUUACUGUUGCCUGGCUGAUGGAGGAAAAUGGAAUGCAAGAAACUCUUUUCAUCCACAACAACACCUUUCUGAAGAACAGAAUUGUCCUACUUAAAAACCAUGGACUCUACCUGUCGUCAGUUGAAAUCUUUGAUGACGAUAGAAAGUUUUCCUGCCAUGUUACAAUCCAAUCUGGCAAAAUCCUGAAGAAUGUCACCAGAAUUAAAGUUUUUGCCAAACCAGAAAUCUCUAUGAACAUGCAGAACAGCUCCACUGAUAUCUUGGAAGAGAAAAAUUUUAACUGUUUGGUGAGGAAUGUGUUCCCCAUGGCUAACCUCUCAUGGUAUAUGGAUGGAAAGCUUCUUCAAAACAAAAAAGAAGGCAUUUACAUUACCACUGGAAAGAGGAAACGUGAUGAAGGCAUUUAUGAAGUAACAUCUAAGUUGAGGGUUCUGAAGCCUAACCAGCCAAUUCUACCCAAUAAUUUGACAAUUUGGUGCAUGACUCUCUUUCCUGUCCCUGGAAAUGAAGUGUGGAAUAUCUCAUCUAGAAAAAUAGCUUUUUCCUUUGGUUACGUGAAUACUCCAACAGAUCCAUCCAAUAUCAUGGCAUCUACUUUCUCCACUUUCACUUCUCCUGUCAACAGCAGAGGCACAGCAGGUUAUGUGGAUACUCCAACAGAUUCAUCCAAUAUCACAGCAUCUACCAACUCUAUCAUUACACCUUCUCUUAGCAGCACAGGCAGGGCAGAGUAUCUCAGUACAAUGUCACCAGCCCUGGAAGAGACGAGUUCCACACUAUCAAAUCCAGACCCCACCUCCCACACCCACCAGUUCAAUUCCAGUGUAACUGCACAAAGCUACCCAGACCAUAGCAAGAAGGAAACAGAACCAACCCACCAGUUCAAUUCCAGUGUAACUACACAAAGCUACCCAGACCAUAGCAAGAAGGAAACAGAGCCAAAUCUGUGGGUGUUCACUUUGACCUACAACUCAACCCCUUCAGGAGCAGACACAAUAUUGAAUGGUACUGCGUCUAAUAAGACGAAGAGAGGAAUGUCCUGGCCAGUGAUUGUGGCAGGUUUGCUUUUUAUAUGCGUCUUUCUAUUUGGCCUUGGAAUAAGAAAGUGGUGUCAGUACUGGACGGAAAUCAUGGAGAGACCACCACCAUUCAAGCCUCCACCACCACCAAUCAAGUACACUUGCAUUGGAGAAUCAGUUGGAGGUGAUCUGCCCUGUCAUGAGAUGGAAACUCUCUAAUCUUUCCUCUUGGGACUUUACUGAAUAGCAGUACCUGGCCUCUAUCUUGUUGAGAAGAUAAGAGAGUUGGUGUUUUACAUUACUCUGGCCCAUCUGUCAAACUUACACCACUGCAAAAAUUGAUGUCAGAUGUGAAUCACCUCUUUAUACAGUUGCUAACUGUGCCAUCUGCAUGUGCUUCACAUUGAAACAGGAUGCUUGGAAAUGUCUUUAGGAUCAGCGGUAUUCAUUCCAAACAUUAUGAUCUUCAAGAUUUUAUUGGCUUAAUAAGAUAUAAUUUAAAGGAUAUACCCUUUCGACUUCCUACUGUAGCUGAAAAAUGUUGACGUUUUUCAUUUUAACUGUGAUUAAUAUGACAGCAAUGGCUAUAAGCAUAUGGCAGACCCAGAUUGACCCUCCCAUUUUUUUCUGCCAGGAUUCUGAGCUAUUUACUCACACAAUAAUCAUCUUUGAAGUUUUGCUGGUUUGCUACAAAAACUGAAAAGGAAAAAAAAGUAGAAGCAAAAAUACCUAGCAACAAAGCAGAGUAAUGAAGAAGCAAGGAUGGUUUCAACAACAGCACUCCAAUUGGUUAUUUUCACCCUUACAAUUGACAUAGGAUUCACAAGGGGCAAAAUCAUGAAACAUCUUUUUUCCCUUUCCUUCUUCCUGCACUGUUCUUUCUUUCUUUCUUUCUUUCUUUCUUUCUUUCUUU